AUGCAAAGGAAGGGAUCAUUGUCCAUCAUGAAACUCGACGCCAUCAUCGCAGGUGGCUUUAUAGCUGCAUGCUUUGCAUCAGCAUCGCGCAACUACAAAAUUCACGAGCAGCGCCAGACUGCGUCAUUGGAUUUUGUCAAAUCCCGAGUUGGUGAUAUUUCAGCUCCUAUUGCUGCUCGAAUCGCUCUUACACAGAACAAUAUCGAGAGCGCCGAGACUUUGAUACACGAGCUGUCGGAUCCAGACUCGCCCAAAUUUGGGCGGCAUCUUUCCCGGGAUGAGAUAACAAAUCUCUUUGCCCCAAGCAAUGAAAGUUCAACAGCGUUCGUCAGUGGCUCAUUGCAUCCGGCGUAUCGUCUGGCUCUAUUCAGAUUUCACCUUCAAGGAGCUGGAUUCACUUCAACACAACUGUUGGCGAGCUAG